AUGGACGAGUCCGAGGAAGAGGUUGACCCUCGUAUCGAGUCGCUUCUACACCAGCGCCAAUCAUUGACCAAUGACCUACUGGAGAAUCCAUACGACCUAAUACUUUACAUACAGCGCGCAUUGGUCUAUUCCGACUUAGCUUAUCCCGACUUAGCGGCUGGUGACGCUUACCGCGCUCUGUUAUUAACCGACGAAGUUCGCGAUGAAAGUUUCGAAUACCAUACCCAAGCCUUUGAAGCCCUGACAGAUUACGCCAAUGGUCCUUUUCUAGAGGUAUUAGACCAUGGCUCUCUAUCAGGAACUCAGGCUAGUUUGCCUCUGUUAGAUGACGGCGAAAAGGAUAUUCCUGCCUUCGCUUCGUUGGCGUCUAUUCGCUGUUAUCAAAUAUUGUCCUUGAAUCUUCUGCUAUGCGGUUGUCUAAGGAGUGCUUACAACUUUUGCGAGCGCGGUCUUGCCAUAUCGCCGAAUAACCAGGAGCUCCUAAACACGCGUGAUUAUAUACAUACUGUCAGCCAGCGUAGAAUACGCAAGACGGUCUCUACUGCGAGUGAUCUUCCGGACUGGGGCAUGGUGCGUAGAGAAGUAUAUCCUUGGAAUAGCUACGAACCAGAUCGAUUUUCGGACGAAUCCUUGGCCGUCCUCAACGCUGGAUUGACUGAGAUAGCACCUAAAUGUACUGUCCAAGUUGCAAAGCUACCUAUACUGCUCGGAUGUCCAAGCCGCACGGAUGCGUACGAUAUUAUUCCAACAUGUAACCAACUCGGCGUAUUUGCUAAGGAAUACAUCGCCCCGGGAGAAGACGUACUUGUGGAGUAUUCCUUGGUUACGGCCAAUAAUCGUCUGAAAGAGUCUGUCUGUGAUGCUUGCAGUGGGGAACUCCCACCUCUAGGAAGCGAUUCGACUGCUGUCAACUGUCCAGAAUGCUAUGAUACUGUGUUUUGUACCCAGUAUUGCUUUGAGCAGGCCCAGAAGCUCUACCAUCCAGCAGUUUGCGACAAGGAUACGGAUUCGAUCGCCAGGGAUCCAGAUGCCAAAGAGGCUGAUGCAACUUUACAUCUUUUGCUGCUCGCGCGGGUUUUAGCCAUGGCAGCUCACCAAGGAAUUCAUCCACUUGACGUCAACCAAAUCAAAUAUAUAUGGGGGGACUUCAUCUCCUCCCAGACCAAUGAGAUUGAUUUAUCGCCUAAUGCCGGCCCACCACCGGAUUGGACGCUUCCGUUCUCCUUUUCUUAUAAUAUCGAGACGCCUCUUCACAUUCUUGAGAAAAUGGAUAUCGACAUCUACGCCACCAUUGCUGAUUAUGAUAUAUGGGUAUUUAAUACCUUGUAUAGUAAAUUUCGUGGCACUGCUUCGGCUCGAAAGAACCCUAGAGAUGGGCGACCUGAUGUCGCUGCAGUGCACCCUUACUGGUGCCUUGCCAAUCAUGAUUGCAACCCAAAUGUUACGUGGGAAUGGGGUGGUCGGAUGGUGCUGAAGGCACGGGAGACGCGAGUUGUUGGGAAUGCACCAGGAGGUAUAGAAGUCGGAGAGGAGAUUCUCAAUCACUACUGUGAUGUAAAUCUACCUGUGAAAGAACGUAGGGAGUGGGCGAGCGGCAGUCUCGGUGGCUGGUGCAUGUGCACUAGAUGUCGCGACGAAGCUUCUAACUCCCAGAACAAUACCCCUGGAUAA